GCGGGGUUUGCCACACACACACAUGAGGGUUGGCGCCUCCAGUUCAGAAGAGGCUUCUCUCUCUCAUUUUACCAGAAGAACCGAGAGACCAGAGGGACCACAUUGGCAGCAAGCGAAGGGCAGUGUCUCUCUUCGCCCUCCUUGGGGAAGAUGACAGACCUCAAAAUGAGAAGAGCCCCUUGGAGAGAAAAGGAGCCUGUGCUGCAGCUGCUGGUGGUGGUGUGGUUAGCUGCUGCCCCAGGGGUGCUGACCAGAGGCAACCAGGGGCCCCAGAAUUUGCUUUGCUACAAGAGCUGCUGCGACGCCUCUUUCCAGUGCCGCUUCAACUGCAGCUGGGAGGCUGGAGGCGAGGCAGCAGGAGCCAACUACACUGUCCAUUUCUGGUACCACGAGCAAACGCUCGAUGAACGGCACCAAAGGUUUGCAGCUGGAAACUCCACCUACCUUCUUCUAAACCAGGAUCACAUCUAUGCUCUGAAGACUGUCACGGUCUGGGUGGAGAGCCAAGGUGGCGACAAUGGGCCUCCCCGCCCAUCGAAGAAUCGUACGCUGCUGAUCAGCCAAGCCAUCAAAUUCAAGCCCCCACCAGCCAAGUCCAUCUCCUUUUCACGAUCCAAAGAUGUCCUGAACCUGAUGUGGCCUGAAUCCCACAACUGCCACCAUUCCCCCAGGAAGAAAGAGGUCCGGCUGCGGCAGGCCAAGGGGGCGCAGUGGAGCAUGGGAAACUGCAGCUCUAAGGAAGACAACAGAGCCACGCGAGGCAUAGCAGUUACGUGUCGCAUGAAAGGAAACGUCCCUUACGAAGCACAAGUUCGGUUCCGAACCUCAGACCAGUACAGCCCCUGGAGCGACUGGAGUGAAUCCAUCUUCGUUCCAGCUGAAAUCCUCACAACUCCAGAAGUGAAUUACACCUCAGAGCCCCUUGGGGUGGACGGCCUGAGGAAAGUGACUCUGGAAUGGGAGAAGCCAAACGCAGAGCAUGGAGAGGUGAAUUACACCCUGACAUUUCUGCUGCUGCCCUGCCAGUGCUCAGAUGAACCGAAAACCUGUCACUAUGUCAGCAACAGGACCUCCUACCAAGCUCUUUUUUCUGGGGGUGAAUAUAACAUUUCCCUGCAAGCAAGCAACAAGGCAGGAAGCCCUCCGGCCUACUCCUUUAGGCUCCCAGCGGAGCGAGAUGCAGAAGGUCCCAGUUUCCUGAACGUCAGCCUAUCCGGCAGAAACUUUACAGUGAAGUGGGAAGCCAAGACGGAGGUGUUCUGUUUUGAAAAACAGCCCUGUGGGGAGCCCCUGCUGGAACAGUCCUGCGAAGAGGAAGGCCUCCAGGAUGAUGACGUUAGUGAGAGCUCAGGGGUUCUGGAGCCCAACAGGUGUUACCGACUUGCGGUGUACAGAUGGAAUCGUGUCAAGGAACUCUGGGCAACUCUGGGACUCGUGCACCUUCUUCAUAGAAAUGACUCCAUCAGCGUGGAUGUGGUUAAUCAAACGGCCAGUUCCGCCGUCGUUCAGUGGCAUCCCCCCACAGUCCUGACUGGAUGCCCCGGAGUGCUGAAGAAAUACAUCAUAUGUUGUCAAAACGUACAAAAUGGGAAGACGACACGUUAUGAAGCCCACCCCUCGGAAACACACUUCUCAAUCCCAGACUUGCAACCCAAGACCAACUACUUUGUUGGGGUCGAGGCCUCAACCGCUGGCAGAGAAGGCAUCUGCCGGGGCGUUGUCUCUUUUGUGACCCGUCCCACAGAUCCGAAGAGUUCGAGCCUGACGCUCGGCUUCCUGUAUGUGGCGAUCGUCGGAGGGGUCCUUGCUGCUGCCAGCAUCUUCCACUUUGGCAAAAAGAGGGUGAAGGAAGCACUCUGCCCAGCCUUGCCAGAUCCGGCCAACACAGAAGCCGUCAAGAUCCUCACCACAGCAGAGACAAGCCAAGUAUAUCAGAAACAGGGCUUUAUGGAACUGCUGGAGUCCAGCAGCCCCACGGAGCCACUCGUCAUUGAGCCGGCAUCUGCAAAGGAGGACUCGGCUGCCAGCACCACCAUGGACUUGCCGGGACUCACAAAGGGAGUGGAAGAGCCAAAGGAGCUAUUCCUGGCUGGCUCCAGCAACAUCCUGGCAUCCGAGUACAAAGGCCAGGGAUUUCUGAGCCCCAUGGAGGACGACCAGCAAGGGAAAGACGGGCUUGGCAGGGCUGGUGGGCAUCCCCAGUGAGGCAGGGGUUGGUGGCUGCUUCCUCGUCUCCCGGAAAGGUGGGGGCAAUAAGAUGGCCAACCCCUCCCCGCCCUUUACGCUCUUGGACAAACUGGUGGGGAGAUCCACAGGGCAGGCCUGUUUUUAAUCUUUACAAGAACCCAAGACCUUGUGCUGUUGGCCUUUGCAAGAAGGUUAAUGGAAGAAGAGGAAAUGGCUGGGGAACGUUUGCCCAAGGCAGAUGGGGGCGGGGGAAGGCCAGACCAUUAGGCAAAGAGUCACCUCAAGUCACACAACAGAAGCCCUGAAGCGAAUGCCCACAAGAGUCCUUAUUUCCUCCUCCCUUCCAAGCCAUUUUCCUUUUGUGCCGCGUCUCUUCAGAUUUGUAAGCUUGUUUUUGCUUUUUAAAAAAGUGUUUUGUAAGCUGCUCCAGGAACCUUUUUUUUUUUUGAAGUGUGGGAUUUUAAAAAAUCUUUAAAUUACAACAGGCUUGUCAAUCAUUUUGGGGCAACCAAACAAUGAAUCUUUUGUACAUUUGGAACAGAGCAGGUCCCCCUCCUCCUCCACCCUCCCUUUCUACCUGUCUGUCAAUUUUAUUUUUUAUUUAUUUAAUUUGAUUUAUAUACCGCCCUAAGCCAGCAGAUGGGCAGGCAAAUGCCCUUCCAGGCGAAAAACUUAUGUGGAUGGAUUAAUGGCAAGGCAUCAUUCUGAGACCAAAAAGCAAAUCUGAUUUGCAAAUGAUGAAUUAGGCCUUGAUGUUUGCAAAAGCUUACUGGAUGCUGCAAUAAAUCGGUGUGGUCUUUUAUAGUGUU